AUGCCAUCAAUUUCUUCCAAUGUUGGCGGCUUUAUACUAGAUCAAUAUGUGAACGAGUAUAAAUUGGCCACUUUUCAUUGUGUCACAUUGCCUUCUUCAUCUUCUUCCCUUCUUGAAGCUCUCAUAGGUAAGAUAGGGUUUUACUUGAGAUAUCUUAUCUAUAGGCUAAGGCUUCCUGCUACCUCACUUUUCCUAGAGGUGUUGUGUUUAUAUGGUAUUCAUCUGAUUCAGCUUUCCCCUAAUGGUGUUUCCAAGGUCAUUACUUUCUAUUUAUUCUAUGUGUCAUCUUAUAUUCCUCUAAAGGUAUCAUUGUUUCUACAUUUAUAUCGCUUGAAGAAAUAUGGUGACUGGUAUUCUUUUAGUAGUCACCAUUUUCUUUUGGUGUAUGCUCUUCCCGGUACAAAUAGUGGACGGAAAGAAAAAUUUUGUUGGGUAGUUUCUAGUAGCGUUUGUCUUACUAACGUCCCUGGGUCGUCGCCAGAUUCAGAUAAUGAUGCUCCUCUAGCUUUGAGUUUGUAUAAAUACCUUCCUCUGUUUUGA